CUGUAUGGCUCUCUCUAUAAAUAGUGGAUCUCUCUUCUUCCCCCAUAUUCACUUCUGAUUUGAUUCUUUUCCCCACUUUCAGAACAUCAACAAAGUAGAGAGAGAGAACCAAAAAAAAAAAAACUACUACUCAACAAAAAGAGCUAGAGAGAAGAUACCCCUUAAAUCCUAAUUUCUACCUCAAAGAAAGUACUCUUCAAACAUUUUGUAUUCACUGAAGAAGGAUCUUUGCACUUGCACCUGCAGCCAUCUACCAUGGUUAAGUCAGAACACAAGAUCAAAACCGAACCAUCAUCAAAGGCAAUGCGGUUAUCUUCACCCUCAUCAUCAACAUCAGAUUGCAAGAAGAAGAAGUACAAGGGAGUGAGAAUGAGGAGCUGGGGAUCAUGGGUUUCUGAGAUUAGAGCACCAAAUCAGAAAACAAGAAUAUGGUUAGGCUCUUAUUCAACCCCAGAAGCUGCAGCUAGAGCCUAUGAUGCUGCACUUCUAUGCCUUAAAGGCUCCUCAGCAAAUCUCAAUUUCCCUUUAAGCUCUUCACAACAAUACAUUCCUGGAGAUGCUGUCAUGUCCCCCAAAUCAAUCCAAAGAGUUGCUGCGGCCGCCGCAAAUAGUUUCAUCGACAAUGCCACCACUCCCCCUUCCCCACCUCCGGCUUCGACCCCAUCAUCAUCAUCAUUGGCCUCAUCCCCCUCAUUGGUUUCUUCUCCCUCGGAUCAAAUCGAUGACGACGCCUUGCUGAUAUCGUCUUUCCAAGCCUACACUAGUUGUGGUCAAGCAAAUCAAUCAAUGGCUGUGAAUGUGAUGGAGCCUUGGUACACCUUUGGUGAUGGUCUUCAAUCCCCCAAGUAUGCUGAUCAGAUGCUAAGUGGUGAUUUCUUCCAUGUCGAUUCUUCCCAUCUGCUUGAUGAUCUAUACGAAGAAAGUGACAUUCGUUUGUGGAGCUUCUGCUGAGAAAAAAAAUCAAUUCAAGCCACCUACAAUAUUUCUUCUUUUCUCAAAAAUUCAAUUCGUUUGUCUUCAGUGGUAUAGCUUGAAGAUGUUACUGACUGUGACCAAAUUAAAAUUUGUAUACCCUAUGCUACAUAAAUGGUGCAUUUUAGAUGAAAUUCAUAUAGAGAUAAGACAAUUUUCGGCCUCUCAUGUGAAUUUCUAAGAGUUUGAAAUUAUGUAUCAUCGAUACAAAUCUUGGUAUGUCAAUGUCAUGAAUGGUUUCCCAUGUGUCACAGAAUAUAAGGGAGAAAAAAAAAUGUGGUCACCAAAAUCCUUAGGUAUAAGCAAUUCGUUUCACUGUUUUUGGAAUGUAACUAUGGGAGGAGACUUGCUAUUGUGAGUAUCUUUGGAAGGCCUUUGUUGCAUGGGAAGGUAUCAGAGAUGCUUAUUUCCAAUUCAGUGAGAAUAGGGAACCAUGUACAGAGCGUGGUAACAUGAAACCAUUGGAAAAAUUGCAUCUUUUCUAAGCCUUGUCUGCUCUCCCGCGUGCCCAAAGAACAAAGAGUGUUCCCUUGUUUUGAUGUUUAAGUUUGGUAUUUUAUACCCUAUUCUAUUCUUCUUUUAGAUGGAAAUAAAUCCUGGUUAAUUUUCAUUUUA